CAGAGAUGGUGGUGUACAUGUGCUCGUUUCAAAUCAGGAUAUGACAACUAUGGAUUACAGUUCUUUUGUUUUUUCCCUAUAAUCUGCUACUCAGAUACGUUAGUGAUAACUACAUUAUCAUUUCAUAGAAAGAAAAGUACUACAAAUCGCAGGUAUGGUGAUAGUUGAUUGCACUCGGAGUAGAUCGAGUAGCCAAGUGCUGGACUCAUUGUAGGAGACGAGAUGCUGUGCAUUUUCCGUGUUCUUGGAUAAAACUACACUGAACUGUACAGAAAAUUAUUUUCACUAUCCGUUGACGGAUUAUCGCACAUCUACCAAUUAGUGCCUAUGUGUGUCAGCGAUGUCAUCGUGCAGUCAUACUCUUGAAGAUGUGUGUGUGCCCAUCACAAUCGGAGUCGAGCAGACGACGUUUGUCAGUGACGGUGGAUGGAUAGCCGGUGCUUUCUUUAUUGGCCUCUUCAUUGGGGCUAUAGUCGCAGCGGCCCUAGUAAGACCUUGCCUGCGAGAAUGGCAGAAAAAGAAGCGUCAAGAUGAAGAGGAGAGGAUGUGGAAUAGUGCAGCGGUAGCCCCAGUUGUCACAGCUCAAGCAGUUGAUACCCACAAGGUUGUUCAGGAGAAGACGGGAAAGAAGAAAAAAGGAUCUCUAUUCAAGCGCAGAAAAAAACCCACUGUGGAUGAGGAUGAUAAGGAAGAUGCUGAUAUAGAGCCGGGCAAAUACAGGGGGAUGGUGGAUGUCAUUGUCCAGACCAGUAGCGUUGGAGCUGAUGGUGAGAUGGCCCAGCAAGACUUGAACAGCAUCACAUCUAUGGAGACGGAUCUUGAUGAUGAAAGGGAACUUCUGCUGCUUCGCUGCCUGGACGGCCUGAUGAAGACGUUGGUGGUGAAGAAGGACAUCACAGAGGACUACUACAGGACGUUCAUGAAGAGGACAGGUGAAGACAUCACAGACAUCAGGAAAAUUGUGCACACAGAGCGGCAAGAGGCGGAGGAGGUAACUCGGUUGGCUUCAGUGCUGAACUAUAGAUAUCCCCACUUAGAGGCCAAGAACAACAGCAAGCUCAGCACGGACCCCCAAGCACUCGACUCUCACCUUGAGAACCUUCAGACACAAGCCAGUAGCAAACAGAACCGACUGCAGAGAGAACAGAGAGAGAAGAUGAGACAAGAUCUCAUACGGUCAUCUGGAAUGUCGGAAGCUGAGGUGGAAGCCCUGAUGGAGAAGCUGAUGGGGCAGAUGGGAGCACUGGAAGAGAAGAUUGGUGCAGAGCAAGCCAGGCAGAGAAGGGCCCUGCAGGAGCGGCUGGCCAAGCGGCAACAAGUGCUGGAGUACAACAACAUGCAGGCUGACAACCAGAACCAGGAUAUCAACACCCAGGUCACAGUGCUGGCCGACAUCCUCACAGGCCUUGUAACUGACAAGAAACUGGCUGACAAGCAGCAAGAGGAAUUACUGCAACAGUACCGAGAGGAUGUAGACAAUGUUAGGGCACACUACAAUAAAGAGGCAGUACGUCAGCAAGAAAGUCUGGCUGAGAAGCUACAACAACGACGACAAAGACGCAUGCACAAGCUGGCCGAGAAACAAGCAAAGGAGAGGGCAACCUUUGUCCACACAUCUGACAAGGGGGUGUCAGCUACAGAGUUUAUACAGGGUUACCAUAAACUGAUGUGUCACCAGCACACGGAGAGGGAAGAAGUUUGUGUUGAGCUGGACCAGUCAGACAUUCAGGAGAUGGACAAGGUGACCAAGGGACUGAGAGAGCAAGAGCUGUCUGACGUGGAGGAGAAGUUAGGCACACAGAUGGCAGAGGUGGGUCGGCAGGGGAACUUGGGCAGCACCGACGUCAACCGCCUUCUCAGGCAACACCGUCAGCAGAUGGACAACUACAACGGUCGUAAACAGAAGGAGCGGCAGGCAAUGCUGGCCCGCCUCCAGGAGCGCUUGGCAUAUAGACUGCAGGUGGUGUCAGACCAGGAGCAGGAGGAAGAGAUUGAGAUGGACACAUUGAGGCAGCAGCAGACGGACACCCUCAACAAAGUCCUAUCCUCCAACAUUGAGCUCUCACAAGAGGCCCGAGAACGGAUUCUGAAGGAACACAACCAGAACAUGCAGUCCCUCUCAAAUCAGCUGCAGCGCAGUAAGAUGAGGCAGCAAAAAAGCCUUGAAGUCAAACUGAAUCAACGCCGGGCCAAACUAGAAGAUAUGCAAGCCAGACAUGCAGAAAUGAGAAGAGCUAAGCAAAAUGCAAAACAGAAAGAAAAAGAUAAACUGGAACAACAGCUGGCUGCUGAAAUGAGUGCGGAGGAGGGGAGGCUGGAGGCUGGCAGACAGGCAGCAUUGCUGGCCCUGCAGCAGCAGCUGGCCCGGGAGAUGGAGGAGGCCCUGCUGCAACAGGACCAGGAGAUCAGCUUACUGAUUGGCCGGCUCCAGGUGGGACAGGCGCGGAGGCAAGCUAUAUUGAGGAAGCAGGACAAGACAAUGAAGGAGCUGCAGGACCAGUUGGAGCGGCGGAUGAUGCAGGGUGGGGACCUUCCUCGGAGCUACACAGAUCAGCUCAUACAGCAGCACCACAACCAGGUGGAGAACCUCAAUGACCACAUCCAACGUAACAGACAGAAGCAGGAGAGGAUUAUCUUGGAGAAACUACAGACCAAACGCCAUAUGAAGGAAAAUCAGUUGGAGACACAGAUAGAGGAGGAGACGCAAGUGGAAUACUAUCAUCAACAGCAGCACGGGGCAGGACGUGCUAGUGGUGUACUGAUGCACAUUCUGAUGGAGCAGCGCCACCAGAAGGCAAUGGUUGAGCUUGAAACUGAGAUGAAGACAGAACUUGAGAAGUCCAAGGAGGAACUGAACACAGCCUUGGAACUGGAACUGCAGAAAGAGCUUGAGAGCCACAAACAGCAGUUGCUGACACAAUUGGCCGCUGUCAGUGGAAUGUCCAAUGAUGACCUGAAUGAUGCAGUCAGUGCGGCAGCUACAGAGACUGGUGUUGGUGAUGAGAAAGCGAAGAAGCUAGCCAAAGAGUUACGUGUUGGCAUCAAACGAGCUAAAUCUUCCCUGACUACGGCCCAAGAUGACUCCGAGGAAGAAUAUGGUUUGCAAAGGCAGCGCACUGAUCCAGAUGGGUUAACUCUCGACUACAAGACCCAGGUGCCGCGUCCAGCCAGCAGCAAGAAGAAGAAAGGGUUGAAGGCCAGAGCUCAACCUGCCUUCGUUGAGAACUACGGCUACAGGAACGAAGAUGAUGAUGAUUUCUAGUGCCUUCACACCAUACAUACUACUCAACAUUUCCUAAGGACCACACCUUUGACUAAAGAUGACUUUUUUGGUUUUAGCUAAUGUUGAGUAGUAUCCAAUAGGUUCCUGUUGAUCAAGAGUGGCUGUGUACUGCUCUGUAUGUCUGUGAUAGUUUUGUUAUACACUGACACUAUUGUUGAUUUAGUAGCUUUGUUUGCUGGAGAACACUUUGUUUGUACAUAACCUACACACUGCAUUGAUUUCUACCAUGUUGGGAAAACCAAAUUUCACAAAUUGUCAGAGAUGUAUAACUAACAAGUUGCCUGGUAGUCCUGACAGUCGGACACUGAAUAUUGCUCAUGUUAACACUUCAUUCUUUUCUUGAAUACACUUGUUGAAAGAACCAUGUGUGCUGUCAGCCAUUUUACAUUCAUACAUACUUGUGUACAACUAACUACCACAGGACGUUCUGGAAACCCUAUUGCAAAUGAUGUAUUUUAGUUAUUUCUUACAUUGCAGAUGAGAGCGGAUACAUUGAGAAUGAUUGGUUCUAUGUCAAGGACAUUUGAAUGUUUCACACAGUCAGGUAUCUCCUGGUUCAUGGACCUGCAAGGGAUAGGAAGUUACAAGUUUUUAUCUUAACCAGAAAUAACUUCCUGUUGUACAGGGACAUUAGAGACAUUAUAGAUAAAAAAAUAUCUAUUAACCAGUUGUUUUUCUGGAUGAGUGUUUCCUAUGAUGCAUUAAAAUGAGAAUGAAUGCAUAUAACGUGCAUUGCGAGUCAACAUGGAAGCUUGUUCAGUUUUCAUUUGACUGUCAUUUCUAUUAUGAUAGGAAAUUAAAUUCCCUUCAAAUAAGUAUAACUGAGGCUUAACAAAUCAUGAUUUUUUUAAAAACAAUUUGGUACAAUUUUAGCCUGGGAUGCCAUGCCUUGGACCUCCCAAAAUGAUUACUGAAAAAACCCAGUACUCACAAAUAGAGCAAGGAAAGUCCCUGUAUAUUCUAGUUACUACUGGACAUGUGCAAGGGACUUGAUGAUUUCUGCAAUAGCUGGACUCCAUGAUGGAGAGUGGGAUAACCAAAACUGUCUGCGUCUUUAUGUAGUAGGUGCAGUGGGGUAGCCUAGUGGUUAAAUUGUACGCUCGUCACGCCCAAGGCCCAAAAACCUGCAGCUUACUGUGACAAAUAGAUCGACACUUAAAGGACCCACACUAAUUUGAAACAGGCUCAACAUGAGAUCAGCCUGCCACAGGCCUUCAGACAGAUGCUUAUUUCGAACACUGCAUCCUGUACAGAUUUUUAAUUGCACAUUAUCUGUCCAUCUGCCUUUGUGUAAACAUUUUGAGUUCCAAAUAUUGAUAGUAAAUCAAUCCAUCAAAAUUAAUUUGUGACAAUGUUCAUGAAAGCCACAUCAAUUCUACAGCUGGUCAAGUCACUCAGUAGGUUUGUAUGUCACUUAUGACUAGGUCGUGCUGGAAGGCACUGUUUUCUGGAACACUAUUUAAUAAAAUAUUGAUAGUUUUUAGCCUAAAUUCAAUCUGAGGACAGUUCAGAUGACAAUGCAGGCCUACAUCAAUAGACAUAUUGGACAUCCUCAGUCGACUAUCAGAUGUUUCUCUGAGGUUUAGGUGCAGUACUCACGUUAAAUUAGGAAUGGAGUGGAAUGCUCCCUUAUACUUUUAUCGUUGUAAAGAUUUGUUUCUUUGAAAAAUAUCUUGUCCAGUAUAGCAAUAUUGCCAUACAUGCUUUACAAGACAGUAUUAAGAACAUAAAUAUGGUAAAGUCAGUGUCUGAAAAUGUCUAUACCAGUCAUUUUUAGAAUGAAGAGCUUUGAAAUAAAUGUCUUUAAAUAUAUGUCGGUGACAAUCGUGAUGUAACCAAGAUUUCCUACCUUUUGUAUAUCAAGACCUGCAAACCAGUUAUGUGAUGGUCCGACAAGAUAUAUCUGGUUUGCUUGUCACAAACACGUCAUGUCGCUACCCAUGUAUACAUUGAUUAAUCGUUCCAGCACUCAGCAUUCCUUGAGUACAUUGUAGAACUAUACCUCCAACUUCAUAUUGUAGACAUUUCUAUUUAUUUCCGGUUUUGGAACUUUAGCAAAUAUGAGAAAAACAAUUUCUAUGUCAUGCAUAUUUUUUCCAUCAUCACAUCUACUUGGAUACCUUCAUUGAGAGGAUAUGCACAAUUCUCUGUAUUUCUAUACUUACACUUUUCUUAUUAGCUAAGAUUUAUAUCUAAAGAAAUGUGGCAUCUAUUUUUGCAUACUGAUAUUGUUCUGCAUAUUUUGUACAACAGAAUAGUUUUUAGCAUUUUCUUCUAUUGUCAGGAUGAUUUACAUCAUGUAGAAAUAAACAGUUGAACAAUA